AUGGAGGAGGAGCUUGGAAUCAUGGUGCCGGAUGGGAGGGCACUGACUGCUGAUGCCAGGCCAGCCUACCUGGAGGACUGGUCACUGAGUAGCAAGCUUGCAUACUUGGUUUCCCAGCUCAAAAAGAAGCAUAGAACUUUGCAUAAAGGUCUAUGCAAGAAGACUGUUAUCUAUACCCAAUGGAGGUGUUUCAUGGAGUGGAUCAAGAUUGCUUUGGAUUGUCACGGCAUUGGCAGCGGCACCUUGCACGGUGACAUGACAACUCAUGAGAGGACAUGCCAACUCAACAGAUUCAAGAACGAUAACAACAUUGAGGCCUUUAUAGUAUCUAUUGAAGCUGGAGGUGUGGGCUUGAAUAUGACCUGCGCUGACGAGGUCUAUCUGAUGGAUGCCCAUUGGAAUCCACAGAUUGUGCAACAGGCAAUUGACCGUCUACAUCGAAUAGGGCAGACUCACCCCGUGAAGGUGUAUCAUGUGGUUGCAGGGCAAUCUGUUGAACAGCACCUAUUCAAUGUGAGUCAAGUAAUCAGCUUCCAGAAAGGGCUACACUCACCAUCAUCUGCAAAAACAUUUUAUACCCCUCAGGUACAGAAGAAAAAAGCAUCUCUGGCUAGAAAAAUAAUUACAUUGUCAGUUCCAAAGGAUCAACUUAAAGAUUACCUCCAACCUGGGGACACGAUGGAUGUCAUGGAUGAUAUAGGCAAUGUGAAUGCAUGCUAUGCAGAAUAUGUCUAG